CUUCCGGUACACAUGUUUUUUACCGGUACGAACUGAUGCAACAUUUGUGAAAGUAUUCUUCAGUUGUCUGGCUUUGCGAUGGUCUAUUUUUCGUAAAAUUCUAAGAAUUAUCAGUGACAAAUACCUGAAAUGGCACAGCCUGUACCUUCCACAAAUAUAAGUUUUCCAGAUGAGGAGGAAAAAGUCCUUAAGUACUGGAAAGAGAUUGAUGCCUUUCGUACAUCAUUAAAGCAGUCAAAAGGGAAACCAAGGUACACAUUUUAUGAUGGACCACCAUUUGCCACUGGACUGCCUCAUUAUGGACACAUCCUAGCAGGAACAAUAAAGGACGUAGUUACCCGCUGGGCUCACCAGACGGGUUUCCAUGUGGAGAGAAGGUUUGGAUGGGAUUGUCAUGGUCUCCCAGUGGAAUACGAGAUUGACAAAACAUUAGGGAUCAAGGGGCCAGAAGAUGUGGAGAAAAUGGGAAUAGCAGCUUACAAUGCUGAAUGUCGCAAAAUUGUCAUGAGGUAUUCUGCGGAGUGGGAGGAGAUUGUUACCCGCCUUGGACGCUGGAUUGACUUUGAGAAUGACUACAAAACAAUGUAUCCUACAUUUAUGGAGAGUAUUUGGUGGGUGUUUAAGGAGCUGUACAACAGGGGACUAGUUUAUAAAGGGUCAAAGGUCAUGCCCUUUUCCACUGCCUGCAACACCCCUUUGUCAAACUUUGAGUCCGGACAGAAUUACAAGGAUGUGGUGGAUCCAGCAGUUAUUGUAAACUUUCCCCUUCUUGAUGAGCCCAAUGUUGCUGUUAUUGCCUGGACAACAACACCUUGGACAUUGCCCAGCAACUUGGCUGUAUGUGUGAAUCCAGAAAUGGUUUAUGUAAGAGUGAAAGAUAAUGCCACAGGGAAGGUGUACAUUAUGAUGGAAGCUAGACUGGAUGCUUUGUUCAAGAAAGAAGAUGAAUAUACAGUCUUGGAAAAAUUUAAAGGAAAGACACUGGAAGGCAAAAGAUAUGAACCAAUUUUCCCAUACUUUAAAUAUAUGAGAGAGAAGACUGACGCCUUUCGCAUUCUUAUGGAUGACUACGUUACAGCUGAGAGUGGUACAGGUGUUGUCCAUCAAUCACCAUACUUUGGAGAGGAUGAUUAUCGCGUGUGUAUGAGAUAUGGUGUCAUCACCCGAGACAUGAAAAUCAUCUGUCCUGUUGAUGCAUCAGGAAAGUUCACAGAGGAGGUCACAGAUUUCAAAGGCCAAUAUGUCAAGGAUGCAGACAAAGCAAUAGUGAAAAACCUGAAGCAGAGGGCACGUUUAGUGCAUCAGUCCACAUUUAAGCAUAGCUAUCCAUUUUGUUGGAGGUCAGAGACUCCAUUGAUCUACAAAGCUGUGCCCAGCUGGUUUGUGAGAGUAGAACAGGCAACAACACAACUACUAGAAAACAACCAGAAAACCUACUGGGUGCCAGACUUCGUGAAGGAAAAGAGGUUUGCUAAUUGGCUGCGAGAAGCCCGUGAUUGGGCGAUAUCACGUAACAGGUACUGGGGGACACCUAUGCCCCUCUGGAUCAGUGAGGAUGGGGAGGAGGUUGUGUGUGUUGGGUCUGUGGAAGAACUGAAGAAGUUGUCGGGUGUCGAAGUCAAGGACCUCCACAGAGAAUCAGUGGAUGAUAUCACCAUUCCAUCAAAGCUGGGAAAAGGAGUUUUGAGACGCACCCCUGAAGUGUUUGACUGCUGGUUUGAGAGUGGGAGCAUGCCCUACGCCCAAGUACAUUAUCCGUUUGAGAGAAAGAAGGAGUUUGAUGAUGCAUUUCCUGCUGACUUUAUUGCUGAAGGAAUAGACCAGACCAGGGGAUGGUUCUAUACCUUGCUUGUUCUCUCCACUCUUCUGUUUGGGAAGCCGCCAUUCAAGAAUCUCAUUGUUAACGGAAUAGUGUUGGCUGAGGAUGGAAAUAAGAUGAGCAAAAGACUGAAGAAUUACCCAGAUCCAAUGCUGAUUGUCCACAAAUAUGGUGCUGAUGCACUCAGACUCUACUUGUGUAACUCUCCAGCUGUGAAGGCCGAGGGUCUGAAGUUUAAAGAAGAAGGAGUAGAACGAGUGCUUAAGGACGUUUUCUUGCCUUGGUACAAUGCUUACAGGUUCUUCAUGCAGAAUGUUGACAGAUAUCAGACUGAGGAGGGAUUAGAAUUUCUGUACAAUGAGAACAAGAUCACUAAAAGAGCAAACUAUAAGGACCGGUGGAUCAUGUCACUAGCUCAAUCACUCAUCAAGUUUGUCCGGGUGGAAAUGCAAGCCUAUCGCCUGUACACUGUAAUGCCCAGACUUGUCAAGUUUGUAGACCAGCUUACCAACUGGUACGUCAGAAUGAACAGAAAGAGGCUAAAGGGAGAGGGUGGCCCAGAUGACUGUAGGGAGGCCUUGGAAACCCUUUUCUCUGUUCUGAUGACCAUGAUCAGGCUUAUGGCUCCUAUGAUUCCCUACAUAACAGAGCACAUGUUCCAGAACCUAAGGAAACUGAUUGACCCAGAGUCAGUGGGAACUCAGGACAUACGCAGUGUUCACUUCCUAAUGAUUCCAUCUUACCGGGAAGAUUUCAUUGAUACAAACAUAGAGACUGCAGUUGCUCGCAUGCAGUCUGUCAUAGAACUGGGGCGGGUUACACGGGAGAGGAACACAUUACCCCUUAAGUACCCUCUCAAAGAGGUGGUAGCCAUUCACCGCGACCCAGAGGCCUUAAAUGACAUCAAGUCCCUCCAGUCAUACAUCAUGGAGGAGCUGAAUGUCAAAGAGGUCAAGGUCACCCAGGACAAGUCCAGUUAUGGAGCACAUCUAGUAGCAGAGGCAGAUUUUAAGACAUUAGGAGCAAAGUUGAAGGGAGCUGUGAAGACUAUUUCUAAAGCUGUAAAGGAACUAACAGAUGGUCAGCUUGAAGAGUUCCAAAUGACAGGAAAGAUAAAUGUUGCUGGUCAUGAGUUGGUUGAGGGAGACCUCAAGUUGAUGUACAAGUUUGACAGCACAAAGGAAGGAGCAAAGAGUUCAUAUGAUGCCCAUUCUGAUAAAGAGGUGUUGGUAUUGCUGGAUAUAGUGCCAGAUCAAAGUAUGCUGGAUGAGGGGGUAGCUAGAGAGGUCAUCAACAGAGUCCAGAAACUACGACAAAAGGGAGGUUUAGUUCCAUCAGAUAAGAUUACAGUGUAUUACAAGGCAUCUGAGAAUCUGGAUAAGAUAAUCCAGGAAUUCAGUGAUUACAUCUGUAACGCCAUUAAGCAGCCAUUCUUACCUUUCCCUGUCCCACCGUCAGAAACCGUCUUCCUCCAGGAGUCCAUGAAUGUGAAAAAAGAUAAACUGGAGAUGGCCAUUGUAAGACAGGAUGAGUCCAGUGGUCCUAGUGAGACUGUAAGCUUUCUUCCUCCUGCCCCAGCAAAGGCAGCUCCAUUCUGUAGAUUUGUUAAUGCCGUCCUGGUGGGGAUGCCUUCACAGGAGGGAGUAGAGGGUAACCAGGCCACCGUCCUGCUGGAAAACCCCUCAGGAAAUGUGGUUACGGAUCUUCAACAGCUGACUGAUCAGAUCAAAGCAGUAUUUGGAGUAAGAGGAAGACGAGUCCUGCUAUACACAGACUCUGGACUGAAAAAUGAACUACCAGCCACCACAAAACCUGAAAUGUUGGCAGGUCUAACAUUAUACAUGACCCCCAUGGCAGGGGCACAAGGAGUAAACUACACAGCCAUGGCAACACCUGUCUGUCAUUUUGUGAACGUGGAAUAUACAAAAGGAGGCAAUAAAAAGGGGACACUGUUCUUAGAAAAUCCCAGGGGAAAUAAACUGAGUUUUGAACAGUUACUUGAACAGACAGCAGCUGUGUAUAGUCUGAAUGGCAAGAAUGCAGUGUUAAGUCGGACAAAGGAUAAGGCAGGAGCUGUAACUGCUGAUAAUACAAAGAAUAUUACAGAUCUACAUGGCUCAACACUACAACUUUUAGUGUAACGAUGGUCAGAUAGCUAGAUGUUUAAUUAUUGACAGUGACAGGAGAUGAAAUUACUGUGCAUUAUUUAUUUUUAACCUAAAAUUAUUGCAGACUGUGAAAUUAAUUGUAAUAUACUAUUCUCAUUGCUAAGAAUGAUAAUCUGAUUAAUGGAAUGAUUAAUGUAAUUUUUUUCACAUUAUGGCCUUAUCUGAUGCAUUGAAAUGGUUUUCGUACGUGAAACAAUGAAGGAAAAAAGUAUAG